AUGGCGCAGAAUAUCUCCCAAGGCGACCCACGCGGUCGAUUCACGGUUAGGAAUUCUGUCCAUUCUUCAGAUGUCGACAUCGUCGCUGUCCCUUCCAUAGGAUCUGACCCAUGGAAUACCUGGUUCGGUGAUGGCUCUAACGAGCCAUGGCUUAUAACGGACCUCACGAGGGAGAUACCAAAUGCGCGGGUGCUACUAUAUGAUCAUGGAGAGCCCGGCGCUCGCGAUGACUUGAAUUCGCUGGCUCAUAAUCUGCUGAAGCAGCUCCAUCAGCGGCGACUUAGCGCUAAGAGUCGACGACCCAUCUUCUUCAUCUGCCAUAGCACCGGCGGAUUGGUAGCUAAGGCGGCCUUGGUCAUCGCCAGCCAAGCGUCGUCGAAUAUGGAAUCUAUCCUGUCGAGCUGUCACGGAAUAGCUUUCUUUGCGACUCCACAUCAGGGAUCGACCUACCUAUACGCUCCAGAGUAUACCCAAAGUAUUUAUAGCAUAAUGAGAUUGAAGUAUAGCAUCCCGUAUCAUCUGCGGGGAAUUUUGAAGCCUCGACAUCAACAACUCAUGCAUCUUUCCAAUCAGUUCAAGGCGAUCUCGGCGGAUUUGAAAGUCUGGACCUUCCUGGAGACGGUUGAUUCCGCCAUCAAUAUCGCAGACUCGGACACGAGCGCCACUAUCGAAGUUCACGUACCCAUCACCUCCAUUCGAUCUGGCCUACUAGGUCUGGAGCAUGAGAAAGAAAUACCUCUCGCUACCGAUCAUGUAGGAGCAGCAUACUUCAAGGAUCAAGAGAAAACUACAAGGAUGAGCUUCAUAAAGGAGCUUCAAUCAUCUGUCUCCAUGGCAGUACGACUGUCUGGUCUUGUGGAUGAGCCACUCCAUGUCAAGAAGGAAGUCACGAUUCAGGUCAAUGGGUUCUUUGAAGAUCCUGCACUUGGAGUCAGCGAGGAGACGCCUCUGAAGCUUUGGUCUACCAAAGUGACACUCCAUGAUUAUCUGUCAAGGGGCCCAUCCGAGUGCCUCAGAGAUAGGCUAAGCAAGACCAGCAAGAUGCCGCCUGGCUUUCUGGAUGAUUCGUCAGUGAGCAGCUUUGACAGCCGACGAGCGUCUAUUCAUUCAGAGUCAGGACCCGAUGAACCAGUGAAUGUCACGAGCGAGAAAACCGAACAAAUCCAGCCCACUCCUUCUCUCAAAAAGAGUCGCAGUUUCAUGCCCAUGGCUUCCCCGAGAAUUCAUGUCAGCGAGCCCAGUACCGAAGGCUAUCUUGAGUUAGGCGACGGGAACAUCAGCUUCGAGCUGGAUGAGCCGGUAGUACCGCAGGCAGACACCCCUCAGAAAGAAGAUAGUGGCAGUGAAGCGGGAGAGGUUCCGAAUAAGAGCUCCGAUGCCAAAGCGAGCCAAACAAGAUUACUUAAUAUAACAUCAAGAUAUAAAGAGCUCCUCCCUGUGCCGCUCCCGAAACGAGGUCAACGGAACAUGAUGGGAGCAGACAAGCCUCGAGCAGCACCUCGAUUUGACCGACCAGAACCUGGAAGCGAGAAGCUUCUAUGGAUACACAUUCCUUACACACAUACUGGUUGGGUACCUUCCGUACUGGCUAAAGCCUGUGCGGAUCGUCAAAUCCCACAUUUUCUGAGCAGGUUCAUAAAUGAGGAAAAUUGGUUUUCAAAGCUGAUCAGAGCCCGUCACCUUGAACCUCACGCUCGUUAUGUACGCCCUUCGUGCAUCCAUUCCCGGCAGAAUGAUGCCUCGCCCAGCAAUCCAUCGAGAGUCAUGGAGGACCCUCAGCUCGCUCUAUAUAUGCCAUAUCUUCAUUGGGAUACGUACUGGAAUCUCAUACAACGCCGGAAAGUUGUGCAAGACCGACUGCGGCAAGGAAGAUCCAGACCCGUACCGGACAAAAUAUCCAAGGCGCAUUUGGAAGCGAAGUUGAUUUGGAAGUUCCUCGGAAGGGAACCUCCAAUUCACCUCAGGAGAACGUUGGACCAGUUUGGAUACCCCAACCUGAGAUCUACUACUGCCCGAGAUGACGAUCAAAUGCUCUGGAAAAGGACGAGGAAAUCAAUCAAUCUCAAGGAUGAGAUAGGGGAUUCAGUGAGAUUGGAAAGUGAUUCAAGCGUUCCGGACGUUUUUGAGGAUGGCAAAGUUCUCAUGGUAGACCAGCUAUGGCUUUGGAUAUUGGACCAGAGAACGGUCGUGACCUUUUUCCCCAACCAAGAGGCUACAACAUCCGAGGCUAGGCUCUAUAAACAAGCAAACUUACACAACAGUAUCUAUAAUGAACUCAAUGGAGAUCUGGCACGGCGUUUCGAGACUGCUGGUGAUCUUGCUGCGCUCAUAGUACAACAUGCUGUCACUGUUCUACUUGACAGGACAUUGCACCACGAUUUACAAGUCCUCCGAAUUUUUGAAGAGUCCAUCAGCAUCUUGACAGAAUCAGUGACCAAGUCAUUUAAGCGGUUCCGAAGUCGCGGAUUUACCAUUAACUUUGCUCAACACAACAAAACGGCUGAUGGAAGAACAAUGACUGAGGCAGAGCGUGAUGAAAGAGAUAUCCGUGUAGCAAGACAGAACCGAGAAGACCUGUCUGCGCUACUGGAACUGAGGGAUAUUAUGGAUGAGCUAGGAACGAUAAUGAAGGUUCUCGAACAGCAAACCACAACAGUCAAGACCAUGGCUAGAUACUUCGCAGACAGGGGAUAUGGCAAGGUCUUUGUCGAAGCCUCGCUGGCCAGGCUGGACGAAUAUCGCAAUCAAGUCCAGGAAAUGAGGGAGAACACCAUCCUAGCCCAGAAAGCCGUAGAGAAUCUUCUCGACUUGAAGCAGAAGCAAGCCAACGUCGAUGAAUCUCGACUGGCUCGGUGGGAGGCAGAAGUAACCCAGACGCAGUCACGGUCCGUGAUGGUUUUUACAAUCUUCACUGUCAUAUUCUUACCUCUCUCCUUUUUCACCUCGUUAUUCGGCAUCAAUGUCCGAGAAUGGAGCGGCACAGAGACAAACCCCGAUUUCCGUCAAAUGUUUCUGAUUGCAGGCCCGUCAUCAGUCGCAAUCAUCGUUAUCGCUCUACUCUUAGCCUUCAACGAAACCCUCCGGGAGACUGUUGCCAAGGCACACGCAAUUCUCUUCGGAAUGGCUCAAGACUUCCUCCUAGCUCCCGCUAAGAAGGUUCUUCAUCUGUCCAGAUCUUCAGAAGAGCCCUUGGACGUGCAUCAUGAAAAGAACCGCUUUGAUCGCUAUCUGUCCUCCCGGCGGUAUCGCAGGCAAUUGGAGGACGAUAUCUGGAAACAGCAUCCUGAUUGGAUGAUUUCGCCGCUGCCACCUGUGGCAGAGUAUGAGAUGAUGCCGCCGGGAUACGAUUACUCAACGAAGUUGAGAGAGUCGAGUCGGCAGGGAAUCUCGGCUUAG